UGUGCAUUUCGUGGUUUAAUCAUUAAACGUCAAAAUAAUAUACAUUUAUCUAAUUUUUGUGCAUAAAUUUUGAAGAUAUCGCAAUUUUUUGAAUACUACCCGCAAUUUUAUUCAUCGAAACCCAAUAAUAUUAUGUUAAUUAUCGAACAAACCACCAAUAUCGGCUGAUAACACAAUGUGAAUCCGAAAUUUUUGUUCGUGACGUAUGAAAAUGCAAGAAACAUGAUAGAAAUUUUGCAAAUGUUCUUGUUCUUGUUCAAAUCCAAAUACCGACGAAAAUGCUGCUUUAGGAGGUUCUUAAUUUGCGCUCUAGUGCUUCUCGGUGCCGUUUCUUUAGUCUCCAACGCGUCGACGAAAUGCAACAGCACCAAUUGCAGUGGCAAUGGACUUUGCAAAAACGAUACUUGCGUUUGUUUCGACGGCUGGCAGGGGCCCCAGUGCCAGUUUUGCGGCGGAAAAGUCAGACUCGGCAACAAAUCCGGAACGAUACACGACGGCUUGGGCAACUACUCGUUGACGAGCAAAUGCAGCUGGCUCAUCGACGCCCCCAACACCACCAUCACCCUUCACAUCGAGGAAUUCGCCACCGAAUGCGGCUGGGAUCACCUGUACAUCUUCGACGGCGACAGCGUCGAAUCGCCGCUGCUCGCCGUCCUCAGCGGCCUCAUGUACAAAGACUCCUACAACAUCCGACGAAUACCCGAGGUAGUCGCCCAUUCGGGCGCCGCCUUGAUUCACUUCUUCAGCGACGACGCUUACAACAUGUCCGGCUUUAACGUCACCUACAGAUUAAACGCUUGUCCAUCUACAGUGUCUGGGGUGAAUUGCUCGGGGCACGGGAUUUGCAUCGAGGGUUUGUGCACGUGCGACGGGCAUUGGGACGGCGCCGCCUGCCAUUUGGAGAAGUGCCCCGGCAACUGCGGGGCUUCGGAGGAUAGGGGGAUUUGCGAGCCGGAGAAGGGAUGCUCGUGCAUCGGUAAUUACAAAGGGGAAGAUUGCAGCCAAUUAGCCAACGAAGGGUACUGGGAGACAGUUAACUAUCAUGGUUUCACACCGCCCGGUUCGGCCUCUCACGGAGCGGCCGUAUGGCGAGAUUCCAUGUACGUGAUAGCCGGGGAGAGUUACAACAGAGGCAACCUGCUCUCCGUCUACGAUUUCAACGGUAACGUAUGGGAAACUCCGCAUAUCUUGGAAGAACCGACGCUCCGGUACGGACAUUCUACGGUGUUGUACGGCGAUAAAAUAUUUUUGUACGGCGGAGUGGUGGGUAACAGAGGCCCCACAUCCGAAUUGUGGGCGUUCGAUAUCAGCGCCAAAACGUGGGAGAAUAUCACCGUCAAAGCCGAUUCGUGCAACGAUAGUUACAUCAUGUGCGGCCCGUUGAAAUCGGCCGGUCACACGGCCACCAUAGUAAACAACAACAUCAACAAAAAAGUCGAUAGGAUGAUCGUGAUAUUCGGCCACUCGCCGCGUUUGGGCUACUUGAACACCGUGCAGGAAUACUAUUUCGGUACGAGAGAAUGGCACAUCGUCAACACGCAGGGUUAUCCGGUGAAAGGCGGUUACGGUCACACGGCCGCUUGGGAUCCGCUCACCGCGAAGAUAUACGUCUACGGCGGCGUGAUAUCGGAGAGCGAAUCCUCGCAAUUUCUGAGCAAAAACCUCUAUUCGUACGAGCCCAACGAACGGAUGUGGACGCUGCUCGCGGACGCCCCGUCCGCCAGGUACCUCCACACGUCCACGUUCGUAUCGGCCGGUUUGAUGUUGGUGUUCGGCGGGAACACUCACAACGAUACUUCGCACAGUUUAGGAGCGAAAUGCUACAGCAACGAGCUCCUGGCGUACGACGUUCUGUGCGACACGUGGCACGUUAUGAACGUACCCAAGGAUUUGCAUACCGAUCUAUCCAGAUUCGGCCAUUCGGCCGUCGUAUUCGCCGAUUCGUUGUACGUUUACGGCGGCUUCGACGGGCAAAUGUUGUCCGAUAUGCUGAAAUACACGGCGGGCGAUUGCAGAUUACCCAACGAAUCGGCCUGUUUGAACAGCAAAGCCGGCGUUAAGUGCGUAUGGGAUUCCAAAUCUAGCCUUUGUACGCCGGUACUGCGCGUUCCGAAAGAUCUAGUGUUGAAAAAGGAAGAGAGCCACAUCAUCAAAUGUCCGAAACUCAACCGUUCUACAGCCACAUCGACUAUCAUUCGCAACGAGUUGCGAUGCGAGGAAAUGGAGGAUUGUUUGAGUUGCUUGCACACCACCAACGGUUGCGUGUGGUGCGGCAGCGCGUGCAUUCAUUCUUCGAAGAAAUGCCCCAAGGGUACGACGGGCAACUCGACGGAAUUCCACCCGUCGGGCAAGUUCCAAGCGCCGUGCCCGUCGCCCGAUCCGACGCCCGUCUGUCGCCAGUUGCACACCUGCAAGGCGUGCACCUCGCAACCCUCUUGCAGAUGGCGCUUCGAGCACGCCAAGUGCGUACCCCACGCCUACUCGAACGCCACCGCCGGUGGUUCGGCCGAGGCGCUCGAACAGAACCAAUGCCAGAGCGUCUGUUCGGAGUUCAACUCGUGCCUGAACUGCACGACGGAGGAGUGCAUCUGGUGCCAGAACGAGGGCCGGUGCGUCGACAAGAACGCCUACACGUCGAGCUUCCCCUACGGCCAAUGCAGAGAGUGGACCACCGUGCAGACGAAGUGCCGCACGCGCGGCCUCGACGAGCACUCCCAAUGCGGCUUCUACAAGACCUGCGCGAAGUGCCGCGACGAUCCGGCGUGCGGAUGGUGCGACGACGGGUCCAAAACCGGACUGGGCGCUUGCAUGCCCGGCGGAAACAGAGGUCCUACGUUGCAUACGCAAUCGUUGCCGUCGUCGACGUGCCCGCCGGAGCGUUGGCACUUCACCAACUGUCCGCAGUGCCAGUGCAACGGGCACGCCAGCUGCAGGGCGAACACGAGCACGUGCUCGAAUUGCGGCGAUCUGACGACGGGGCCGCGGUGCGAGCACUGCGUGAAAAGCUACUGGGGCAAUCCGGUGAACGGGGGCAAGUGCGCGCCGUGCCAAUGCAACCGACAGGCGGAGGAUUGUCACAGGGAGACGGGGAAAUGUUAUUGCACGACCAAAGGGAUCGUCGGCGAUCAGUGCGAGAAGUGCGACACGGGGAAUCACUAUCAUCCCGAUCCGAACAAUAAAUCGUGCUAUUAUGAGUUGACGAUCGAUUACCAGUUCACGUUCAAUCUAUCGAAGAAGGAGGACAGGCAUUACACUCAGAUAAAUUUCAGGAAUUCUCCCAUAAAGCCGGACAUCGACGCCGAUUUUCUCAUCACCUGUUCGGUGUUGGCGAAAAUGAACAUAACGGUGCGGACGGAGAACUCCGAAGAGAAGCCGAUUUUCGAGAAUACGAAUUGCACCACGUUCCGUUCGAAGUUCUUCAAAUCGCAGUACAAAUUCGGCGCCGAAGAGAACGUCAGCCUGACGACGUUCUACGUGUACGUGUACGAUUUCCAAACGCCCCUUUGGAUACAGAUCUCCUUCAGCCAGUAUCCCAAGUUGAAUUUGCAGCAGUUUUUCAUCACGUUUUCAUCGUGCUUCCUCCUGCUGUUGCUGGUCGCCGCCGUCCUGUGGAAGAUCAAGCAGCGCUACGACAUGUACCGCCGUCGGCAGCGGCUCUUCGUCGAAAUGGAACAGAUGGCGUCGCGACCGUUCUCCCAGGUGCUGGUCGAAUUGGAGGUCAAAGAGACUGUAGACUUGAAAAACGGACUGACGGCCGGCGAGGCGAAGCGCAAGAAACGGGACGCGCCCAGCCCCAUCGCCUUGGAGCCCUGCUACGGGAAUCGAGCGGCCGUGCUCAGCCUGCUCGUCAGGCUGCCCACCGAUUAUUGUAAAGGUGGCGAGCCUUAUACAGUGAAAGGCCAGUCGGCCGGUUUGGCCAUAGCGAGCGCUUUGGUGACGUUGGGGAAUCCCCGGAAGAUUAGCAUAGACCAAGUGAAGGCGGAUGCCAAAGGCGGGAAGAUUCGCAAGUCGCAGAGCCAGCAUCCGGACAGUUGCCUGUGAACGGGUUCCGUUUGGAUUUGUUUGAUUUUUUCUAAUUGGUUCGUUUUGUUUAGUUUCGAUGAAAGAAAAAAAAAGGGCGAUGCGAAAGUAGUACAGGGUAGGAUCCAUGUCUUGCAAAUGUUCACGGACAUCGAAUGGUAAUGGCCUCGUCUAAGAGGGAUAGCAAGCGAUUUAGAUUAUUAUGUAUAAGGCUAUUUAUUUGUAUGUUAAGAGGAUCUAUCGGGGAAGCAGGGGCGUGUAUAUUUUUUUACAUUUUAACUCGAAAAAAAAAUAGUAUUAAGCUUUAAUUUUAAUCGAAUGUUGUUUUAGAAGUCGCUUCGGAAAGUUUGUUAAGUGAAAUGUUGCCAAAAUUACUGCGAAGACUGCUUGUUGAUUUGUUUUGCUAUCUUUCUUCGACCGUGGGCUACUCGAUUUCAGUUUCGAAUAGAAGUAAUCGAAUAAAAAUUUCCUCCGUCUUGUUUCGAGGAUUUCGAGAUCGAUUUUCCGCGUAAUUCUCUUAAACAAUGAUUGACAAUAAUUUGUAUUUGACGUAUUAAUAGUGUUUAAUUUUUUUUAUUGUGUAAUUUUAACUUGUCUCGAACAGAAAUUGUUUUUUUUUU